AUGCUGAACCUGAACCAGCUUUUCUCCCAACUGAAGGAGUUUUGGAGGGAAGCAAAGGAAGAAGGAGACAGGUUGGAGAAGGAAAAAGAAAUAAAAGAGCAACAAGAAAAGCGGGAAGAAGAAAAGCGGGAAGAAGAAAAGCGGGAAGUAGAAAAGCAGGAAGUAGAAAAGCAGGAAGUAGAAAAGCGGGAAGAAGAAAAGCGGGAAGUAGAAAAGCAGGAAGAAGAAAAGCAGGAAGUAGAACAGCAGGAAGAAGAACAGCAGGAAGUAGAAAAUCAGGAAGUAGAAAAUCAGGAAGUAGAAAAUCAGGAAGUAGAAAAGCAGGAAGUAGAAAAGCGGUCCAAAACCCCAGCGAGAAGCCGAAGAGCCACCAGAGCAACGGCUGCUGCCCCGCCGCCUUCAGCAGAAGCAGAAGCAGACUCCAUGUGUGCCAAUGACGACGUCCCAGCCAGGAGAACCAGGUCUCGCUCCAACUCUUCCAACUCCGUCAGCUCAGAGAGGUCCGCUUCAAGUGUGAGCACCCGGGGGGGCCGGGGGGCCAAGAGGGGCAGCAGUGCACCCCCCCCAGCAGCCAGCACCAGAGGUACCAACAGGAGGAGGAGGAACACGGCGUCAACACAACAGGACACGAAUGAUGCUCCUCUUCCUCCUCCUCUUCCUCCAGGAACUCAGUCCAGGUCCACGGUGUCCAUCUGCAGCGUGAGCUCUCAGAGCAGAGGAGGAAGAGGAGGAGGAGGAAGAGGAGGAGGCAGGCAGCGAGGAAGAGGAAGAAAAACUGAGCCCAUCCCUGCUAUCAAUAUUCAGAGUGAACAAACAGUGGAUCCCACCCCUGCAGCGAGAGGCAGGGGGAGCAGGAGAGGGGGAGAGCCGCUUCCCCAGGAGGACGGAACUGAGAAGGCAGACCCUCAGCAGGCCCCCACCACAAGAGGGCGACGGAGAGCUAAUGCCUCAGAGCCUCAUGCUGCAGAAAAGCAAGACGACUCAAGUCAGGAGUGUGCCAGCGGAGAAUCACCUCUGCCUACAAGGACUCUGAGGGGAAGAGCGGUGAAGGGUGAGACUGUGGAGGCACCAGUAGCCCCUGCAGUCAGUGAGGGAGACAAAGAGAAGAGAAAAGGGAGAAAAAGGGAGGCAAAUACAGGAGAGGCCUCCAGCAGCAGCCACAAAGCGUUCCAAGGGAAGCAGAAAGCCCACACGCCAGAGGAAGCAGGUGAAACAAACCAUGAGACUCCAGUGCCAGCUAAGAGAAGAGGGAGAGCUUCCACCGCUCAAGCAAACAAGAUGGCAGGUGUUUCCUCCGCUAAAGUGGAGGGAAGUGGAGAGAGUGAGGCAGUGGAGGAGGUACCUGUGAAGAAGAGAGGCAGAGGGCGGCCAUCAGUGGCUCAGAAAAAGAUGAAGGAGGAGGAGGAGGAGGAAGACAGUGGAUUCUCUGUCGACCAUGUGGAGGCAUCAGAGCCCCAGACUCCCACCAGCGCUGCGUCCCGGAAGCGACAGGCUCUUGCCGACUCGUCACCUGUGGCAAAGACCCCUCGCUCCGCCUCUGCUUCCCCCGGUGGCCGAUUACGAUCUGUCAGCCAUGCCUAUAAGGUGCUGUUCACCGGCGUGGUGGAUGAAGAAGGGGAGAGGGUGUUGGCUCGUCUGGGAGGCCGCAUGGCCAAAGGCGUGGCCGACAUGAACUGUCUGGUGACCGACAAGGUGCGCAGGACCGUGAAGUUCCUGUGUGCCGUGGCCAAAGGAGUCCCCAUCGUCACCACACACUGGCUGGACUACGUUAGUUCAAACAUUACGUUUUAUCUCUCUAUAGACAGAGUGGAUCCUACUCCAGUCCAGUCUCCAACUCCGACCCUGUCCCCUCACCUCUCCCGACCAGAGCGGUUUUCUGGGGAUUCCGGUGAUUGUCGGGCUUUCCUGGCUCAGUGCGGCCUCCACUUUGAGCUCCAGGCUGCAUGCUACCCAUCUGAGCGCUCAAGGGUGGCAUACAUUGUCUCCCACCUUUCUGGCCGAGCUGUGGCUUGGGCGACGGCAGAGUGGGUGCGAGGGUCUCCUGUUUGUGACUCCCUCGAUCUCUUCUCUGAGACCUUCACCAAGAUCUUCCGAGCACAUCCCAUCAGGGCGGGAGCAGCCAGAGCACUCGUUGGAUUGCGCCAGCUCUUCGUCCUCAUGGAAUACCCCAGGCCCUGGCUUCUGGAGGAGCCCAUUGCAGCUCGCAGGACCAAGCUGAUCCGUGGAGAGAGCGACAGCGCCGCCUGCGGGGAGGGCAGGUGCUGUCUACUGUGGUGUGAGAACGGGGGGACACUCAGUCGCCAAGCGGGUCGCCGUACUAAUGAAGUCUGGCUCACCAGUAAAGAAGAGGGCACUGGGUGGCUGCUUGGUGCAGCAGGCCUCCCUGUAGCCAUGCCUGGUUUAUCGACUCUGAUCAAAGGGGCAAGGCGGGAAGAUUACCCAGAGAGGGAGUGCUCCAGCCCGGGUUUCCACCGGGCACAGAUGGCACACAGCGAGGUUGCAGGCCUGGGGCUUUAG